UGGAUUUUGGGAAGUGCUCCUACCUAGAAGGACACUCAGCUCAGAGGAAGGAAGGACAGCAGGGGCUGGAGCUGUGUUGGAACUGAAGCUCUUUUCCUCAGAGGGAAAAAGGCACAGUGAGAAGAGAGAUGGAGGUGUCUUCUAUGCUUCCCUGUAAGGGCUGUACCCCUUGGCAGGGGCUACUGGUCACAGCCUCCAUUUUAACCUGUUGGUACCUACCCACCACUGUCCAAGUCAUUAUUGAAUUAGUGCCACCUGAUGUGGUUGAAGGAGACAAUGUCCUUCUCCUUGUCCGCAAUCUGCCAGAGAAUCUUGAAGCCUUUGUCUGGUACAAAGGGGUGACAAAUAUGAACCUUGGAAUUGUACUUUAUUCGAUGGACACUAAUUUAAGAGUGGCAGGGCCUGAAUACAGUGGUAGAGAGACAGUGUACAGAAAUGGAUCCCUGCAUCUCCAAGAUGUCACCCAGAAGGACACUGGAUUCUAUACCCUACGAUCCAUAAACAGACAUAAAGAAAUCAUAUCAACAACAUCCAUAUACCUCCACGUGUACUCUUUCCUUUGGAGCUGUGGGCCCCUUUCCACAUCUGCCCAACCCACUAUUGAAUCUGUGCCCCCCAUCAUUGCCGAGGGGGGAAGUGUUCUUCUACUUGUUCACAAUCUCCCAGAAAAUCUUCGAUCCCUUUUCUGGUAUAAGGGGAUGAUUGUGUCCAACAACUUUGAGGUGGCAAGACACAUAAUAACCAUGAAUUCAAGUGUGCUGGGCCCUGCACACAAUGGUGGAGAGACAGUGUACAGCAAUGGAUCCCUGCUGCUCCACAACGUCACCUGGAAGGACACUGGAUUAUACACCCUACGGACUCUAAGUACAGAUAUGAAAACAGAAUUAGCACAUGUGCAACUCCAGAUGGACACCUCCCUUUCUCCAUGCUGUAACCAUCUCAACUCUUCCCAACUCAUGAUCCAACCCAUACCUCGGUAUGCUGCUGAAGGUGAAAGUGUUCUUCUCCAAGUACAUAAUCUUCCAGAAGAUCUGCAAGCCUUUUCCUGGUAUAAAUCAAUGCAUAGUGUCCUGGUUCUUAAAAUUGUAGAAUACAGCAGAGCCAUGAAUUCCACCACCUGGGGGAGUGCACACAGCAGAAGAGAGAUGGUGUACACCAAUGGGUCCCUGAUGCUCCAGGAUGUCACUGAGAAAGAUGCAGGAAUGUACACACUAGAAAUUUUAAAUAGAGAUUUCAAAAUCGAUAAAGCAGAUGUGCAUCUCCAUGUGAACAUCUCCCUUUUCACCUGCUGGCACCUGUCCACCACUGCCCAAGUCACCAUUGAAUCAGUGCCGCCCCAAGUGGUUGAAGGAGAAAAUGUCCUUCUACGUGCCAACAAUCUGCCAGAGAAUCUUCUAGCUUUCUCCUGGUACAAGGAGGUGAGGAAUGUGAACGUCAGAAUUGCACUAUUUGCACUGAACACUAAUCAGAGUGUGAUGGGGCCUGAACACAGUGACAGAGAAACAGUGUACAGCAAUGGAUCCCUGUGGCUGAAAAAUGUCACCAAGAAGGACACAGGAUUGUAUACCCUUCGAACAGUGAACAGAGCUGGAAAAAUUGUAUCUACAACAACCAUGUACUUCCAUGUGUACACCUCCCUUUUCACCUGUGGGCACCGUCCCCACUCUGCCCAGCCCACUAUUGAAUCAGUGCCACCCAGAGUUGCUGAAGGGGGAAGUGUUCUUCUACUUGUUCACAAUCUCCCAGAGAAUCUUCAAGCUCUUUACUGGUAUAAAGGGGUGAUUGCUUACAAGAAUUUUGAGGUUGCUCGACAUGUAAGAGCCAUGGAUUCAAGUUUGCAGGGGCCUGCACACAGUGGUAGAGUAUUAUUAUUCAGGAAUGGAUCCCUGCUACUCUACAAUGUCACCUUGAAGGAUGCUGGAUUCUACACCCUACGAACUCUGACUACAGAUCUAAAAGCUGAAGUAGCCCAUGUGCAACUCCAGGUGAACACUUCUGUUUCUACAUGCUCUAACACUCCAACCUCCACCCGAGUCACAAUCGAAUCAGUGCCUCAGUAUGUUGCUGAAGGGAAAAGCGUUCUUCUCCUAGUUCAUAAUCUGCCAGAAGAUCUUCAAGAAUUUUACUGGUACAAAUCAGUGUAUAGGACAGACAUCUUUAAAAUUGCAGAAUACAACAGAGCCACAAGUUCCACCAUCUGGGGGCCUGCACACAGCCUAAGAGAAAUAGUGUACACCAAUGGAUCCCUGCUGAUUCAGGGCAUCACUGAGAAAGAUGCAGGAUUAUACAUGCUAGAAACUUUGAACAAAGAUUACAAAAUUGAGAAAGCAUUUGUGCAACUCCAUGUGAACACCUCCGUUUUCACCAAUGGGCACCCUCCCCACUCUGCCCAGCCCACUAUUGAAUCAGUGCCACCCAGAGUUGCUGAAGGGGGAAGUGUUCUUCUACUUGUUCACAAUCUCCCAGAGAAUAUUCAAGCUCUUUACUGGUACAAAGGGGUGAUUGCAUACAAGAAGUUUGAGGUUGCUCGACACAUAAGAGCCAUGGAUUCAAGUUUGCAGGGGCCUGCACACAGUGGUAGAGAAGCAUUGUUCAGGAAUGGAUCCCUGCUGCUCCACAAUGUCACCUUGAAGGACGCUGGAUUCUACACCCUACGAACUCUGACUACAGAUCUAAAAGCUGAAGUAGCCCAUGUGCAACUCCAGGUGAACACCUCCGUUUCUACAUGCUCUAACUCUCCAACCUCCACCCAAGUCACAAUCGAAUCAGUGCCUCAGUAUGUUGCUGAAGGGAAAAGCGUUCUUCUCCUAGUUCAUAAUCUGCCAGAAGAUCUUCAAGAAUUUUACUGGUACAAAUCAGUGCAUAGGACAGACAUUUUUGAAAUUGCAGAAUACAACAGGGCCACAAAUUCCACCAUCUGGGGACUUGCACACAGCCAAAGAGAAAUGGUGUACAGCAAUGGAUCCCUGCUGAUCGAGGGCAUCACUGAGAAAGAUGCAGGAUUAUACAUGCUAGAAACUUUGAACAAAGAUUAUAAAAUUGAAAAAGCAUAUGUGCAACUCCAUGUGAACAAGCCUGUGACACAGCCCUUCAUUCGAAUCAUUGACACCACAGUGACAGUACAAAGCUUUGUGGUCCUCACUUGCUUCUCAGCUGACCCUGGAAUCUCCAUCCAUUGGAUCUUCAAUAACCAGAGUCUGCUGCUCUCAGAUAGGAUGACACUGUCCCCCCAAAAUUGCCAACUCAGCAUUUAUCCUGUCAGGAUGGAGGAUGCUGGAGAGUAUAAAUGUGAGGUCUCCAACCCAGUCAGUUCAAAGACUAGUCUCCCAGUCAUCCUGGUCGUGAAGAAUGAGUAACCUCUCCUCUCAAUCUAUAUAGCACAGUAUGGGCAGUUUUUAAUCAAUGGCAUAAAACAAGGAGAAAAGAUUUGUGGUAAAAAUUGUCAAUUACCACUCAGGUAAAGUGACUCAAGCUUAUAAUCCUGGGAUAAAUGUGCACAUGUACUUGCCAGAACAUAAAAGGAGACUCAGUUUCUAAAGCUGAAAAGCAAACAAAAAUAUAGUAAACAGAACUACAAAGGCGUUAAGAGCUUAGGUUGUCGAUCAAAUAUAUAGCCAGUUCUUAGAGUCUAUGGAAACUAAUUUCAGAUCCCCAAACUUCUGGAUACUCUUGGUCCCUGUUAAAAUCAUGCAGUCUUUGCAUAGAGAUAAACACCCUCUCAUAAGCUCAAGUAGUUUCACCUAAUACCAAUGCUUCCUCGAUACCAAUCAUCCAUGUGAAGUGAGAAAUGGUGACAGGAUAAGUGACUGCACAAGUUUAUCUGUGGACAUAACUGAUUCCUAAUUAGUUUUGAUGCUCAGUUUGUUUCAUACACAGAUGUAAAAUCCAUGGUGUAAGGAUCAAGUGGACUGUUUCUAUCCUGACACUGGCAUUCACAGUGCAAACUUGUUCAUGAUUAUUUUCCUUGUUUAUAUAUAUUUUAAGACAUAGGUGGGAUUUUCUACUUUAACUUUUCUGAGGUGCACUGAUGAGUGGCAUUAAGCACAUUCAUUUUAUCACAUGAACAUCACCAUUGUCCAUUUACAAGGCACUUCUAAACCUAUAUCCCUUCUACUUCUGUCUCUAGGCAUAAGAAAAAUCAGAACAUCUAAUUGUGAUAAAUAUUAGUUUAUAGAAAGAUAUAACAGGUGGGUAUGGUUGCUCACCAGUUCCAGACACUUCUGUAGAAUCUUUUUAUUAUUUUCUCCAAAUAAGUUCAUGUCAUCUGCAGAUAUAUGUGACAGUUGAUUGAUGGGUUAACUUUCAGGUCUUUGUUUUUCCUAAUUGUUCUUUCUAAGACUCCUAAGGUAACACUAAAGAGAAGUGGCCACAGCAGCAUCCUUGUGUCAAUCCUGGUCAUAGAGGGAAAGCUGUCAGUGUCCCCGCUGAGUACAGUUUACUGUGGGUUUCCAUGUGUUCCUCUAUACACUGGCCUGCCCAGUACACCUUGUUUGGCUGUUUUCAUCAUUAAAAACUGUUCACUUUUGUCAAAUGUCUUUAUUGACUUAGUCUUAUGAGUUACAUGUUGAAUCAGUUUUGUGUUUCUUCAUGCUUCCAUCUCUGUAGGUCCUGGGCUUAUAGGAAUAUUUCUGUUUCAUCUAGGUCAGUCAACAUUUAGCACAACUAUUGAGUACUCAUGGAACUCUUAGUAUAUUUUAGUAUGAACUGUAAGAACUCAAACUUCACUUCUAGUGU